AUCUGUGCUUUUAGCACCAGAGUUUGAGAAGAUCCCUCAGUUACCAUGCUGCUGCUGCUUUUCACGCCUCAGAGACAAAUGAACUAGAGUGGGAAGGGAAUUUUCUUCUAGACCAGAUCAUUUCCGCUCUAGGAUAAAAAGUUAGGAUCAGCUGCAGGAUUCUCUUUAGGACUGGGGAGGUAGAGGAAAACCUUGGCCUGGUUCUGGGGAAUUCCCUGGGCAGAAGAGUGAAGCUACUUUUAAACUGAAUGCUGGGACCCUGAACCAGGGACCUAUGUGAGAUGUCACUCCCAUUGACGACCGUUGCUCUGGGAGAUGGAGUUUGGCCCCUUCACCUCCUUCCACGUCUGGAGCUUCAGGUGGACUUUAGCCAUGAAAACUGGGAAGGGCGCCUCAGUAGAGUCAGGGCAGGACCUGGCUUUCGAUUCCACAUUGGGCUUAGAAAAGAUCCUGGCUUCGGAUUGAUUGAUGGGAGCUGUUGGCUAAAGGAAGUGGAGGGGCCGUGGGAUGCGGAGAGCCGAGGGCUAACUCCCGGACGGCGGAACAGAGAGAGCUGCCGACAAACAGACGUCCAGAGUCCUCCUGGCCACAUCUCUGAGCCUCCCUCCUUGCUCCCCCUCAGCAGCUGGAGGGGCUGUCCCACCCCAGAAUGACCAGUGCCGCCCCUACUAAGAAACCCUACCGUAAGGCGCCGCCGGAGCAUCGGGAGCUGCGACUAGAAAUUCCUGGAUCCCGGCUUGAGCAGGAGGAACCCCUGACUGACGCAGAAAGGAUGAAGCUCUUGCAGCAGGAAAAUGAAGAGCUUCGCCGGCGCCUGGCCUCGGCCACUAGACGCACUGAGGCCCUGGAACGUGAGCUGGAAAUCGGGCAGGACUGCCUGGAGCUGGAGCUGGGCCAGAGCCGCGAAGAGCUGGACAAGUUUAAGGAUAAGUUCCGCAGGCUGCAGAACAGCUACACGGCUUCCCAGCGGACCAACCAGGAGUUGGAAGACAAGCUGCACACCCUGGCCUCUCUUAGCCACAGCUGGAUUUUUGCAAUCAAGAAGGCUGAGAUGGAUAGGAAGACGUUGGACUGGGAGAUCGUGGAGCUGACCAACAAGCUGCUGGAUGCCAAGAACACCAUCAACAAGCUGGAAGAGCUCAACGAGCGGUACCGGCUGGACUGCAACCUGGCUGUGCAGCUUCUCAAGUGCAACAAGUCCCAUUUCCGAAACCACAAGUUCGCCGAUCUGCCCUGUGAGCUACAGGACAUGGUUCGGAAACACCUCCAUAGUGGUCAGGAGGCCGCCAGCCCAGGUCCUGCCCCCAGCUUAGCCCCAGGGGCUGUGGUGCCUACCUCGGUCAUUGCCCGAGUGUUAGAGAAGCCAGAGUCUCUGCUGCUGAAUUCAGCCCAGUCAGGUAGCGCUGGGCGCCCCUUGGCUGAGGAUGUCUUUGUGCAUGUGGACAUGAGUGAGGGUGUCCCAGGUGACCCAGCCAGUCCUCCAGCUCCUGGCAGCCCCACCCCCCAACCCAAUGGAGAGUGCCACUCUCUGAGUAAUGCUGGGGGCUCCCCGGAGGAAGAGCUGCCUCUACCAGCCUUUGAGAAGCUGAGCCCCUACCCAACCCCGUCUCCACCACACCCACUGUAUCCUGGCCGCAGGGUAAUAGAGUUCUCUGAGGAUAAGGUUCGGAUCCCCCGCAAUAGCCCCCUGCCCAACUGCACUUACGCUACCCGCCAGGCCAUUUCGCUGAGCCUGGUGGAGGAGGGGAGUGAGCGGGGCCGCCCUAGCCCAGUGCCCAGCACCCCUGCCUCAGCCCAGGCCUCACCCCACCACCAGCCCAGCCCAGCGCCCCCAGCACUCAGUGCCCCAGCCAGCUCAGCCAGCUCUGAAGAGGACCUGCUGGCCAGCUGGCAGCGGGCAUUUGUGGACCGUACUCCGCCACCUGCUGCUGUGGCCCAGCGCACAGCCUUUGGACGUGAUGCCCUCCCUGAGUUGCAGCGCCAUUUUGCCCAUAGCCCUGCUGACAGAGAUGACAUGGUCCAGGCACCUUCUCCCCAACCUGAAGAGAAGGAGCUUUUGCUACCCACAGAACCUGACUCUGGCUUUCCAAGGGAGGAGGAAGAAGAGCUGAACCUGCCCAUCAGCCUUGAGGAAGAGCGCCAGAGUCUGCUGCCCAUUAACAGUGGCACAGAGGAGGGGCCUGGCACUUCCCACACCGAAGGCAGGGCCUGGCCACUCCCCAGCUCCAGCCGCCCCCAGCGCAGCCCCAAGAGGAUGGGGGUCCACCACCUGCACCGCAAGGACAGCCUGACCCAGGCCCAGGAGCAGGGCAACCUGCUCAACUAGGCCCCUGCCAGCCUUCCUGCCAUUGCUGCACUGGGACUGCAAGGAGGCCCCACACCUUUUCAGCUCAGGGUCCCCAGUCCAAGCCCUUGACCUUGUCCCUAUCCAGACCUGCACAGCUGCUUCCUGUGUGGGUGGGGUUGGGUGGUGGGCCACACCAGGCCUGUCAGCUGCGUUUACUAACCACAGCAGCUGGCCUCAUGGUUUUCCCCUUUUCGUAGAAUAUUUAUUCUCCAGAGGUAAUGCGCAGUUCGGUCUCAACACCUUUCCUCCAAUCAGCCCAACCCAGCCCAGACUGGUCUGUUGUGGGGAGCUGAGGCGUUUAUCAGUAUUCAUCUUCCAACCUCCUGUCAUAGUCACAAGCUUUGUUAUUAUUAUUAUUAUUUUUGCGAGGGAUGUUGCUGGAGUUACUAACCUCAUUUCUGUUUCCUUUCCCCCAAUCCUCCGCAUGAGCUGUUGCCCUCAGGGGGCCUGGCACAGCUGGCCUCGGGGAUGGGGGAUGAGGGAGAGGACUGACUCAGGGCUCCCCUCAGCUGUUUCCUCCCUCCCUCUGGGAGGGUGGGGUUCAGGGGCCUCAAGCUGGGCUCUGGGUGAGGCCUGCCCCCCCUCCCCAACCUUGGCUCUAGACUGUUACUCCCAGCUUUGGGAAAUUUUCACAUUGAUGACUAUUUUAAAAUCAAAUAAAACUAUUUUACUGGUAUGGCCUAA